UUUAUGUUCUCUCUCAUAUACAAAUAUUACAUUUUCGUAUCUUGCAUAAAAUAUAAUUUGAAUACUUGAAAUUCAGAAGUGAUAAAUGUAUGACCUUUGAAUAGGGUUUUGUGACUGUGUAACAGAUAAGGAAUACAUUCAAUUCUUUUUUUUUUAUAUUUUAACCACUAUAGUAAUAUGGUGCUAUCGGAAUUAGUUUACUCUGUGUUGUGAUUUUACGUCGUGCAUUUGGAAAUCGAUAGAGAACUUUAACGUUAGUAGUGCAAAAAUGAAGAAAACGGAGAAAUUAUUAGUUCUGGGAUUCCUAACACAUUAUUACCUAGCUCUUGUAGCUGGCACGGCCGAUAAUUCUAAUGUGUCCGAAAUCCCAGAUCCCAGCACUGUCUCAGAUUACAAUAAGGAAGUGGCUGAAAACCAGUUAUCUGCACAAAUAUUUGGUUUAAUCGAGCACUUUCAUCAGGCUGACCCUAUAGGUUUGCCCGGUGCCCCAGUUCCGGAUCCGUUUUCCGUUCCUGAUGUGAAAAAGUCGGUAGGAAUUGGAACGUUGACGCUGCAAAACACGUUAGCGUAUGGAAUGUCGAAAUUUCGACUGAAGUACAUCAAAACGGAUCUAAACAAAUUAACAGUCAAAGCUGGCAUACAACUUGAUCAGAUGAACGUAAGGGGAAACUAUACGUUGUCCUCACUGUUUUCAAAGACCCAAGGCCCUUUUACAAUAGUAUUACGAAAUGUGUUUGUCAAAGGCAAUGCAUCGCUCGCCGUGGAAAGAGAUGGAAAAAUACGAACCAAGGACAUUCAAAUGGACAUUUCGUUCGGAAACAUGGCUGUGGAUUUUCAAAAUUUAGGUUUUUUUGCCGGCAUUUUUCAAUCCAUUAUUAAUUCGGCUCCAACUCUCGUCUUCGAUGCAAUUAAACCAUUACUGUUAAGCGAAGCGUACGUUCAAAUUAGUCAGGAAAUUGAUUCGAGCAUUGAAACGGUUUCGGGUGAUCAUAGAUUUCCCAACUCUAUAUCUCCACUGGAUAUGGCCAUUUCUGAUGCACGGAAAAAAGUCCGAGCACUUGGAUAUGAUCCGUACAAAGUCAAAGACUAUAAUCACACUGUUGGAUUAUUCGAAAUGAAAAUGACAAAUACUUGGAUCACCGGAGUGUCUUCCUUUUAUCGGGUCGGUGAAAUCACCGUUGGCGUCAACAAUUUAACAAUAUCCAUUGGCAUGCAAAUUGGAACGCAAAAAGUACUUGGUGCUAGCCAAUGGGAAGUGUCAUUUGGUGGUGGAAUGAUUACGCGUUCUGGUAACAUUCAGUUUACCAUCGAUCACAUUAAGGCUAUGUUUGAAGUCAGUCAAUCGUUGGACAUGCGAAAACGACCGGAAAUUAUCGAUCUACAGUUGGAAUUGGGUAAUAUACAGGUUCGUUGUGAUGGAGCUGGCACCCUGGAUUAUAUUACGGAAUUUUUGGUGAACAUUCUGCCAAAUUUAUUGAGAUACCAGAUAAUGGACGCUCUUGAAAAUCCAGCAAAGUUGCGCAUCCAACAAAUGAUGAACAAAAUUGACGUGGAGAAGAUAAUUAAGGAGAAGGUCGUAGAAUACGAAAAGAACGGAAUGAAUAUGUCGAUGUCUAUGAAUUUUGAUUUCAAAUUUUGAACAUUUUCACAUGAAAGGAAAAUUGAAAAUAUUAUGCUCCAACCGUUAUACUUAAUGUUCGAAUGUUGUCUUAAGUAUUCACUCAAGCAAUUUAUUAAAAUUUUAUUUAUUGAAAUCAUAAAA